GGCGCCUCUGCCGCCACCGCCGCCCAACUGCGCGAUGAGGCCCUCGCUGCCGCCCAGUGCCUGGAGCGCGAGGCCUCUGCCGCCCGGGAAACCAACGCCGCCCGCGCCGACCAACUCCAGCAGGAUGCGGCCCUUCUCAAGGAUGCCGCCGCCGCCCAGGAACGAGUGCGCGCCGCCCUUCCUCGGCUAUUCCCCUAACCAUAAGGGUUAUCGCUGCCUCGACCUUUCUUCUAACCGGGUCAUCAUCUCCCGCCAUGUCAUUUUUGAUGAAACCACCUUCCCCUUUUCAGGUCACCGGAUUCCAGCCCCGCAUGAGCUUGAGUUUCUAACUAAUGAUGAGCCUCUUCCAGCUCUUCCUUCUCCUGCAGGUACACCCAACGCCUCUGUACAGCCCACCGCUGAUGUGACUCCGGCUGAGUCGCCUGACGAUGAUCUGGUGACCAUCUGGCCCCCUCUGCCGGCCAGGCCACAUGAUCCACCAGUGGCGCAGCAGCCGCCGGUCCCUCCGGCGUCUCCUGCACCCUCUCCGGCGGCUGCUCCCGCGACCACAACCCUGCCCCAGACUGCCGCCCCAGAGCACGGCUUCCUCAAGCCGCCGGUCACUCGGGUGUACUCCCGGCGUGCCCCCGCUGCUGCUGCAGCUCUGGAGCAUGUUUUCCCCAAGCCGCCAGUCACCCAAGUCUACUCCCGGCGAGCUACCGCUGCUGCUGCUUCAGCGCCACCGUCACCAGCAGCUGCUGCUCCGUUACGCCGCUCAUCCAUCAUCCCUUCGCCACCCCGGUUCGUCAAGGACGCUCCUCCGGCUGGUGUUGUUCCUAUUCCACCGGUUGACAACAACCAUGGCAUGAUGACUCGUGGGAAAUCUGGAUACAUACAGCCUCGGAUCCUCCACACAGAGGCCCUAUCUCCGAUUCCCCGGACAUGCCGCGACGCUCUUGCUGAUCCUCUUUGGCGACACGCCAUGGAAGAAGAAUUUGCUGCCCUCAUGGCAAAUCAUACUUGGGAUCUUGUUCCUCGCCCCGCCAAGGCUAAUGUAGUCACCGGCAAAUGGAUUUUUAAACAUAAAUUCCAUGCUGAUGGCUCUCUGGACCGCCACAAGGCACGUUGGGUCCUCCGCGGCUUCACUCAACGGCCCGGCAUCGACUAUGACGAAACUUUUAGUCCUGUUGUCAAACCUGCUACAGUUCGCACAGUCCUCACUCUUGCUCACUCCAAGGACUGGCCAAUCCACCAACUCGACGUCAAGAAUGCUUUCCUUCAAGGGACCCUCACUGAAACAGUGUACUGCUCUCAGCCCACGGGGUUCACCGAUUCUGCUCUUCCUCAGCAUGUGUGCAAGCUCAACAAAUCCCUAUAUGGUCUGAAGCAAGCUCCCCGUGCAUGACACAGCAGAUUUGCAUCCUUUCUGCUCUCUCUGGGAUUCACUGAGGCCAAGUCUGAUACAUCCCUCUUCAUUUACCGACGCGGCACAGAGACUGUCUAUCUCUUGCUCUAUGUGGACGAUAUUGUCCUCACUGCCUCGUCACAGCCACUCCUCCAUCGAGUCAUUGCUGCCCUGAUGAAAGAAUUUGCUAUGAAAGAUCUUGGCCCUCUUCAUCACUUCCUGGGCAUGGCAGUUCAGCGUCAGGGAGAGUGCCUGCUCCUCUCACAGCGUCAGUAUGCUCUGGACAUCCUUGCCCGUCAUGGCAUGAGUGACUGUAAACCUUACUCCACUCCUGUUGACACUUGUGCUAAAGUAUCUGCUGCUGCCGGCCCACCAGUGGCUGAUCCUACAGAUUACCGCAGCCUAGUGGGGGCUCUUCAGUACUUAACCUUCACUCGACCUGACAUUGCCUACGCUGUCCAGCAAGUAUGCCUGUACAUGCACGACCCCCGGGAAGCACAUUUCAUUGCUGCCAAGCGAAUCCUUCGCUACCUCAAGGGCACACUUGAUCAUGGCCUUCUCAUUCCUCGGACAUCCCCCUCACAAUUGAUAGUCUACACUGAUGCGGAUUGGGCUGGCUGCCCGGACACUCGCCGCUCCACCUCCGGUUAUGCCGUCUUCCUGGAUGGCAGCCUUGUGUCUUGGUCCUCCAAACGGCAGCCUACUGUUUCCCGGUCCAGUGCUGAGGCUGAAUACAGGGCUGUUGCAAAUGGUGUCGCUGAGGCUUCCUGGUUACGGCAGCUUCUCCAGGAACUUGGUCAUCCCCUCACCUCCGCCUGCCUCGUCUAUUGCGACAAUGUCAGCGCAGUCUACCUCUCCACCAACCCUGUUCAACACCAACGCACCAAGCACGUGGAGAUUGACCUUCAUUUCGUCCGUGAACGUGUUGCCAUUGGCGCUGUUCGUGUACUUCAUGUCCCAACAACUUCACAGUUUGCUGACGUCUUCACCAAGGGCUUGCCUACCUCUGUCUUCCAAGACUUUCGCUCCAGUCUGAAUGUCCGCUGCUGCGACGUUCCGACUGCGGGGGGGUGUUAGAUUAUCCCAUUGGUCUUAGUGCUAGUAUCCCCUUGGUAUUUGUGUUAGUCAUUUACUGCUAAUUACUUAGCCAUGCGCCACCCUAUGUGGCUGUGUGAACAGGCCCCUUGGGCCUCUAUAUAAUGUAACCCCUUGUAUAAUCUUCUAAUUAAUCUAGAACCAACCGGCUUAUGCCGUCCUUCA